AUGAAUAAUGAACAUUCACCGACCAAAAAGGCGAAGAGACCGAGAAAGGAUAAGGGUGAAGAAGAGUCACCAAGGAAAAAGCUCAAAGGAGAUGAUCCAAAGCAUCAUGUCGAGAAUCAUGUCGAUAAAGAGCCGGUGGUAUCAGACGUGACUUGGACAGAUGAGGAAAGAAAGAAGUUGCUAUCAAGGAUGGAAGCCCAACUGCCCGCAGCUGAUUCCUCCAUGUAUAAAACAAGCCUGGCAGCUGUCAAUUGGGACAGUGUGAAAUUUGACCAUUAUACAAGUGAGCAAUGUCGUCAUGAGUUUUCAACUAUUCUGAGCAACAUCAGAAAAUUCCGGACUCUGUCAGAAAUAAUGGCGGAUGCCGUCAAAUGGGUCGAUGCCCCCAAGAAAAAGACUGCCCACCCGGAUAAGCCAAGCAAACCAAUGACGUCAUACAUCAUAUUUUAUGCCGAGAAAAGGGCGAAGCUUGCAAAAAAGUACCCCAACAUGAAAUGUACAGAGCUAGCACAAAAAAUAGCGGACAAAUUCAAGCAAUUGCCACCGGAAAAGAAACAGAAAUAUAUUGACAAGUAUGAAAGACAGAAGGAGGAGUUCCAGGAGAAACUGAAAAAUUCUAUGUGUCAGGUAAAAUUGAUCUGCUCAUAG